AUGGCUACCACUCCCAUCUGGCUCACGCCACGUGAGAGCCAGCUGCGGCGGCUGUUGCUGGACGUUGCACGCUACAUAGACGAGUCAAAGGAGAUCAAAGAGAAGCUCGAGCUACGAUUCGCCGGAGGGUGGGUUCGAGACAAGCUCCUGAAUAUCGAGAGCCAUGAUAUUGACACCGCAAUCAACGCCAUGACUGGCUACGCUUUCAGCACCAAGAUGCAAGAAUAUCUCAAGGAUGACGAUAAUCUGAAGAAGCAUUCUUUGCAAGCUACCGAUAUCCACAAUCUUCACAAGAUUCUUGCAAAUCCGGAAAAAUCAAAGCAUCUGGAGACAGCCACUACCAGGAUCUUCGGCUUCGACGUUGACUUUGUCAACCUGAGGAAGGAGACGUAUUCAGAGGAUAGCCGGAACCCGCAAAUGGAGUUUGGCACUGCGGAGGAAGAUGCAUUGAGGCGGGAUGCUACUAUCAAUGCUCUAUUCUACAAUCUUCACCGUGACCAGGUUGAAGAUUUCACUGGCGGUUUAAAAGAUCUGAAGGCCAAGCAUAUCAAAACUCCUCUCGACCCAAAGACGACCUUCAUGGACGACCCUUUGCGCGUGCUGAGGUUGAUCAGGUUUGCGAGCCGGCUUAGCUUCACGAUUGAUACCAAGUCUGAAACUUGUAUGAGUGACCCGGCAGUUAUGAAAGCUCUUAAGUUGAAGAUCAGCAGAGAAAGAGUGGGAGUUGAAUUGGAAAAGAUGUUGAAAGGCAAAAAUCCUCGAAGGUCUCUCCAGUUCAUUGAUAGACUUGGCCUCUACUCAACCAUCUUCACGGAUCCUACCAUUCAAGAAUGUCCUUCGCCCGAAACCGCAAAUUGGAACCUUGCUUAUGACUGCCUCGAAAACCUGAGGUCCAACGCAACGCCUGGAUGUAUUUAUCAAUCUUUGGUACGAUCAGAAGACGCAAAGUAUUUGGCAUGGAUACUAGUCGCUCUGGUCCCCUUUUCGUCCGUUCCCCAAACGCUUCCCAUCAAGCAGAAGGGCAAACCGCACUUACCUCUCGGCGCUAUGGUGGCUAGGGAAGGAAUCAAGGCGGAUAACAAGAUCUGCAACGUUGUCAGCGGCGCUUUCAAACAUUUUCAAGAGAUCACUGAUUUAAAAUAUGCCAUUAAAGCAAAUAAACCACACAUCAGCGAACGAGAUACGGUGGGUAUGACAAUCCGGAGAUGGGACUCUCAGGGUGGACAUUGGAGACUUCAAGUGCUGUUUGCUCUUCUCGUCGAAGCCAUGAAUUCAAAAUGUCCCUCCAAGUUUCUUCGAGAAUAUUACAAGGAGCUCUUCAGCGAGUGGCAAGGCUUCAUAGAUCAUUUGGAGGCCAUGGAUUUGAUGGAUGCGCCAGCUCUGAAACUCAUCCUUUCUGGGACUGAGUUGUCACAAGCUCUUGGUGGAGUGAAGCCUGGUCCGUGGAUGAAGCCUGCGUUAGAUGUUUGCAUGGAGUGGCAGCUUCGGAAUCCUGGUGUGGAGGAUGCAGCGGGUGCUAUCGAGCAAGUGAAGAAACGAAGUGAAGAGUUGAAGAUACCUAAUAAGAAUUAG